AUGUCUGCCCGCUACAUCCCGUCGAGCUACUGCCCCGGCAUGUACGCGCAGCAGGCCGCCCAGCUGAACGCCGUCGAGGAGGCGCCCGCCCCGAGCCCCGUGCCUAAGACGGCCAUCCCCGUGGCCCCGUCGAAGCUUCAGCAACAGCAACCGGCACCCCAGCCGCCAAAACCGGCCGUCGAGCCGACCCCUGUCUACUCGUCGUACGCCCGUGGCGCCGUGCUCCCCGCCGCCUACUACCUCGACUACAACCAGCCGAUGAUGGCCCCUCCGCCCACGCCCGCCACCCAGCACCUUCCCACCCCGUACCCGCAGUCCGUUCCGGACCAUCCGCACGACGACGCGAACUGCCCGUACAAGCAGUACAGCCCCGCCGUCACUCCGGUUGCUGCCAGGCCGGUGGAGCAGCAGCAGCAGAAUGUGCCCAUCAAGCGCGAGCCGGCCCUGUUCGCCUACGAGCCAUCGGCGUACGCCUUCCAGCAGCUGGAGGAGAACUAUGCCCGCGCCCCGACUGCCGCCCCCGUCGGCCCGAAGAAGUCGCUUUAUGCUCCGCCCGGCGAGCGUCAGCAGCCUCUCAUCACUGGGCCCGUGGCCACCCCUUCCGCCCAGUCGACCAUGGAGACCACCCAGCUUCCGUCGGCUCAAAUGGCCCGUGCUCAAGCCGCUCAGCAGCCCGUCAUUGCCGAGCAGGAGAAUCGCGGCCAAGCCAACCAGAAGGUACAGUUUGCCGCCCCGCCACCGCAGCAGCACGCUGUCCCGGCUCGCCCUGCUUUCCGCCCGGCCCUCGGCAUGUCGACGUACGUCGGUGGUGUCCCGAAUGACAUGAUCGCUGCGUACCACACCGGCAUGGUGCCCGCCUACUACCAGCAAGCGGCCCGCGACGCCACUUCGAAUUACCACUUUGGCAACUACCAGCCAAACGUCGUCGACUCGGCCGUGACUGCCGAUAUCCAAGAAGCUGAGGCCGCCGCCAUGGCUGCUGCGCAGCAAGUUCAGCAGCCACAGGCGCCCGUCUUCAACAUGGCCACGAUGGGACAGGCGGUCAACGACAUCCAGGCUCAUGUGGGCGGCCGCGCCUUUGCCCCGCUGAACAUGCCGCCGUGCUCGGAGUACCAAUUCGAUCAGCUGCAGGAUAUGGCCAGCUGCAAC